UAAUUAGUUAAGUUAAUGCGUCUCGGUGACAUGGAAAGACAGAGAGACAGACAGACAAACAAACAGACAGACAAACAGCAAACAAACAGACAGACAAACAGCAAACAAACAGACAGACAGACAGACAGCAAACAAACAGACAAACAAACAGUCAGACCAACAAACAGACAAACAAACAAACAGACAGACAAACAGCAAACAAACAAACAGACAAGUCCUAUUAAACUCCCGGAUAGCUUUACUAAACUCCCGUAUAAAUUUAUUAAACUCCCGUAUUCAUAACAACACCGACGUCAACACAUUACUCUCCAUAAUUGCUCCGAAACGACAGAACUCACAUCAAUAUGGACGAACAAACGCGAGUGACUGUCACCAACCCGCGAACGCAAGCGAAUUGCGACAAACAGAGCUACACCGACUAUGAGAUCACUAUACAGAGUGACAACAGCGCCUUCUGGCUGCCGCAGUCGACGGUGCGUAGGCGUUACUCGGAGUUCGUGUGGUUGCGAGAGAAACUGCAGCGCACUGGAAGGGAGUUGCCUGAUAUGCCACACAAGACGCUUUUUCGACGCUUUGAUAACGCAUUUCUUGAAUCGAGAUGUGAGGGGUUGGAGCGCUUCUUGCAGUCGAUCAUACAGAAAAAAGUAUUCCUAGCGGACAGACGUGUUCAUUUAUUUAUCCAAAGUCAGCUGACAACGAACGAGAUCGACGGUAUCGUCUCUGGUGACUACAGAUAUGAUGAGACACUCACCAUGGCACAACGCAAAGACAGAACGACCAGCACAGCAGAGACAGAUCACGAGCUAUCAGAUGAGUUAUCAGACAUUGAGAAAGAAGAGCAGUAGGAAUCCCAUGAAUCGAUUGCAAUGCACUUUAUCAGCCAAUUGUAUUGUACAGUAUAUAGUAUCCUAGUACAGCAGUCAGACACACUCGUACAUGUAGGAUGUAGCUCACACCAAUUAGACAGCAAUAGUGUACGACAGUAUCGUGUUAUAGAAAGACUUUUGAUUGGCAAAUUGAGAUGUAAAGAACAUAGAAUAUGGUAGUUUAGUUGAUGAUGGCAAUGGCUCCCCUGUUGUGCCCCA